AUGUGUGAUAUAAAUGCUAACAGAAUUAUUCAGCGCGUCGAAGACUUGCGAGUUGAACUUCAAGACACUAUCAGAAAUAUUGUUAAGAAAGAAGGAUACAAAGAUCAUGAUAUUAAAGUAAUAAAAUUAAAAACAAAUGGCGACAAUUAUUUGGGCAGUCUCUAUGAGAUAGACAUCAAGGGCGUGGUUGAAGAUGAAAAGAAAGAAACUAAUAUAUUCGCCAAAGUUAUUUUAAAUCCAGAUAUCACAACUACUGUCAGUCUUGAGAAUUUGUAUUUGAUUGAAUUGUUUGUGUACAAUGAGCUGUCGAAAAUAUUCCACGACGUGCAAGAAGAAGCUAAAGUUCCAAUCACAGAAAGAUACAAUAUCGCCCGGUCGUAUCAACAGAAAAAUAAUAAUAUGAUAGUAUUAGAGAACUUGAGCAGAAAAGGUUUUAAGGUGUACAACAGAUUAGAUGUGAUGUCUUUAAAGUUUGCCGAACUAUGUAUUCAACAGCUAGCAAGAUUCCAUGGACUUUCAUUCGUCAUAGAAAAGAAAAUGCCAGAGUUCUUUAAUAAGAGAAUUAGAAUACUAGAACAUCCGAUAGUUUAUAACGAUGAAUUAACAAAAUUAGUGAAACAAAACUCCGUUUACACAAUCAAUUUAUUUGAGGGGGACGAAAAAAUGAGAAUUGAGAAAUUUGCAUCCUCUGUAUUACAAAAGAUGAAGAAAUAUAAUUUGGAUAGAAAUUGUAUAUGCUGUAUGACACACGGCGAUUUCAGAAUAAGCAAUAUUAUGGUUCGAGAAAAAGAAGGUGAGGCGGUUGAAGUGGUCCCAGUGGACUACCAGUUACUAGACUGCGGAUGUCCGGUCAGAGACUUCCUAUAUUUCAUAUUCACUGGCACAGACCAGAAGUUCCGUCGCCAACACAUGAACCACCUUAAGGAUCUUUAUUAUGAAACUAUGACAAAAUUCCUGAACUAUUUUGAUAUGAAAGCUGAAGAUGUAUUUCCUAGGAAGGAGUUUGAAAAAAUGUACAGGGAGCGUCUGGAUUAUGGUUUGUUGCCGCUGAUGAUGGGAGCUCCUUUUCUGUUUGGUGAUGAUGAUAAUGAUGUAGAGAACACGGCCUUCACCGACUUAGCAUUCGAACCCGGACCAUUAUUUGAAGAACGUGUUAGAGGCGUGAUAGAUGACUUCAUUGAAUGGGGCUAUUUGUAA